GAUGAGUAUCAGCUUCCAAAGGCGUUAUUAGCGAGUGUUUUAGUGUCGUACGUGACACUCUUCGUCCUGUCAUGUCUAGGAAAUGGAGUCGUUUGCUUGGCGAUUGGUUUUCGGUUUCUUAAACCCACAGUAACAAAUUUUUUCAUGUGUAGUCUUGCUGCAAGUGAUGUUUUAGUUACGGUCUUUAGUGUUCCGUUCACGGUAUUGAGUAACUUAGUUUUUAUGUACUGGCCUUUUGGACCCUUUCUGUGCCCAGUCAUUUCACUACUACAGUUGAUGGUUAAUCUGCUUCGAGCUCUGACGUUGGUUGCGAUGACGUGCGAUAGAUAUUUUGUGAUAACAAAACCUUUCAGCCAACGCCUUACUUUGAAGCAGGCAAAACUUGUGAUUGCUGGUAUUUGGUCUUUUUCUUUCCUAUUUUCUCUCCCUGUGGCAAUAUUUUCAAAAAUUGUUUAUUUACCCUAUGAACCUGGAUCAAAAGGCCUCUGUUUUGAGGUCUGGUCCAAUGAAUCCUUACGUCGUGUCUACGGAAUUGUCAUUAUGUUAAUACAGUACUUUAUUCCCCUACUACUGAUGUUCUUGACCUUCUCACAUAUCGCAGUGAUUGUGUGGACAAAGAGGACACCCGGGGAGGCGAACAAAAAAAGAGAUGAAAGACGAGGACGAUCCAAAAAGAGAAUGCUGCAGAUGCUGAUUAUAAUCGUUUUAAACUACUUCCUAUCAUGGCUACCUUUCCAUGUGAUCAGCAUUGUUGGUGAUGUCCACCCAUCUAUUUACGAUUCCAUGUCAAUGCACGUGCUCUGGGCCCUGGCUCACCUCCUUUCCAUUAGUAACAGCGCUACAAACGCCGGCAUCUACUACUGGAGGAACAGGACUUACAGAGUAGCCUUUCAGAAUCUUUGGAAAUGUUCACAACUUAUUCAGGGAAGAUAA